UCCCCGUGGCAUCUCCAUCGUGUAGCCAAAGGCGAGUAGGCGACAAAAGACAUGGCGGCCAGCAGCGGCGCUCUCCCCGUGGUGGAUCUGGCGCCUUUCUUCACCGAAGACGAUAGCGGCGGCGCCGCCCGCGCCACCGCGGCCGUGCGCGAGGCGUGCCUGACGCACGGCUUCUUCCGCGCCGUCAACCACGGCGUGCCGGCGGAGCUCAUGUCGCGCGCGCUCCAGCUGUCGGCCGCCUUCUUCGCGCUGCCGGACGACGAGAAGGCCAGGGCCCGGCCGGCAGAGGGGGCCGUGGCGCCCCUCCCGGCUGGCUACGCUCGGCAGCCGGCGCACUCGGCCGACAAGAACGAGUACGUGCUGGUGUUUGAUCCGAAGCUCGGGUUCAACGUGUACCCCUCUGAGCCUGCUGGAUUCAGAGAGGCGGUGGAGGAGUGUUACACCAAGUUCACCGAACUGGGUCUGCUCCUCCAGGAGGUCCUGAAUGAGUGCAUGGGCCUGCCGCCGGGGUUCCUCAGGGACUACAACGGCGACCGCAGCUUCGAUUUCAUGGUGGCGCUGCGCUACUUCCCGGCGACGGAGGAGGAGAACAACGGCCUCAGCGCGCACGAGGACGGCAACUGCAUCACCUUCGUCAUCCAGGAUGGCGUCGGGGGACUCGAGGUCCUCAAGGACGGCGACUGGGUCCCGGCGGAGCCCGUCGACGGCAGCAUCAUCGUCAACAUCGGCGACGUCAUACAGGUGCUGAGCAACAAUAGGCUGAAGAGCGCGACGCACCGGGUGGUGAGGAAGCCGGCGCACAGGCACUCGCUCGCGUUCUUCUUCAACAUCCACGGCGACAAGUGGAUCGAGCCGCUGCCGGAGUUCACGACGAAGGUCGGCGAGGCGCCGCGCUACAGGGGCUUCGUGUUCAAUGAGUACCAGCAGCUGCGGAUGAGGAACAAGACCCAUCCACCGUCCAGGCCCGAGGACGUCGUCCACAUCACCCACUAUGCCAUAACUUAGUGAUUGCGUGAUAACAAAAUAUGUGCUGGUGUUCAUGUUAAUCUCACUAAAAAUAUGAACAAGAUAAUAAAUCACAGAUGGUUUAGAAUGUACCCCGAGAUGGGACUAGUGCUGGAGACACUAGUUGCGUCGUUACUAGUUGGAAUAGUCAUACUAUUCGACUGGUCUUGUUUGAUGUAGCCGUACGAAAUUGAUACAGAAAGUGGUUUGCCAUUCAGUCC